AUGGAGAUGACGUUCAUGGAAGCCAAGCAGGCGCGGGACGAGCAGAGCCAGAAGGAGAUCGAGGACCUGCGGGUGAAGGACGCCGAGGACUACAACAAGCUCAAGAUCAAGCUUGAAACGGACAUUCAAACCCUUGAGCAGCAGCUGGAAGAGAUGCGCGCGACGUACCAACUCAACACGGAGAAGCUCGAGUACAACUAUCGCGUGCUUACAGAGAGAGACAUGGAGAACUCGGCGACGUUGAACCAACAAAAGCGAAAGCUUAGCCGGCUCAAGGAUGCACUCAGCGGGCUCAUUCAGAAGUACACGCAGACAGACGCCCACCAGCGCCACCAAAACACAGAGCUCACGGAGGACUACCGCCGCAUCACCAAACAAUACAAGGACCUGCAGAAGAAGUUUCAGCAUUUCGAGGACCACGACGGCCACAAGUACGACCAGGUGUGGGCCAUGCACCACCAAGUCGCGAUGGACCACGUGGAAAAGGUGCUCCAAGCCGACAAGAUCAUCCACGAGCAGCAGCUCGGCCUUGUGUGGGUGCCACCCAUAACCGAUUUGCGGCAUGUGGACGCGGGAGAUAUCAAGCUAGGGGGUGCAUCUACGUCGGAAGAUGACACGACCAACCCAGCAUCGUCCUCGACAGAAGAUGGCGGAGGAGCGUCCUCUUCGACUGGCGGAGCUGAAACCCGCAAGGUGUCGUCGACAAAGCUCAAGUGCAUGCUCAAGCUACUGGCGUCGGAGGCGGGUUUCCUCGUGAAUGCAAACGUCCUCCAGGCUAUCGACACGAUGGACGAGGACGAGGCAGAGCUCGUGCGCGCCGACUCGAUAUUAAGGAGCCUGGGUGUCGAGAGCGAAAGCGACAUGGAACGCCUUCUCGGUUUCUUCUUUCAUGACGCCAACGUCGUCGGCGGCGGCGGCGGCGGCGAGGACGACGACGAAGGCAAGCAAACACUGACCAUGGGACUCAAAGUUCAACCCGACCAAGUGAUUCAAACGAUCAAGUUCUUUGUGGAUGAACUGAACAAAGAGAAGCGGUUACAUGGCAACCGACCCCGACGCGCCGUCAAGAAGCACGACGACAACAACGACGACGAGCAUCAUGGUCAUCAUCGUGCCGGCGGAAGAGGCCGGAAGGAGGACAAGUACUUUUGGGCGCGUGCCCAGCAGAUCCUUCCCGACACCACCCAACGCGUGUGGUUGGCGCUGGAGAAGGGCCUGACCGAGUACAACACGGUGCUCAAGCAGCGCAAGGUGCUCAUUGACGCCGUGUCCGCGUUGCAGAUGCAGAACAGCGAGCUCAAGGCGCUGCUGCGGCAGUACCUCGGGUCGGCCGUGAACGACGAGCUGUUGAUCCCCCCCACGCAAAUGAUCCGCGUCCAAGAGCCCAGGAGCUUGUAAACUAGAUGAUACGGAAGGUUGUUGGUUUAUUUGAAAUCGGCAAUGGGGUUGGCG